GUUCAGCUUCUGAGAAAAAGGUUUUGUUUCGUACGUACGCAAAGGGGAGAAGCCUAGUUGGGGUGUGUGUUUUAAUCUCUUUGAGAGAAUGAAGUGUUUCUUAUUCCCUCUUGGUGACAAGAAAGAAGAACAGAGGAGUCCUAAACCGGUUUCACCCCUCUCUGACCGUGUUGGAUUCACCAAAACCGGAUCAGAUGGCUCUGGAACCAGCACGGUUUCGUCAUCCAACCCGAGCUUGCCCUCUAGAGAAAAUAGCCUCAGAGAGUUCACAGUUGCUGAUCUCAAACUCGUUACAAGAAACUUCAGCCGCUCUGUUAUGAUCGGUGAAGGCGGUUUCGGUCGUGUCUACUGGGGAACAAUCAAAAGCUUACAAGACCCUUCCAAGAAAAUCGAAGUCGCUGUUAAGCAGCUUGGCAAAAGAGGGUUACAGGGUCAUAAAGAAUGGGUGACGGAAGUUAAUUUUCUAGGGGUAGUUGAGCAUCCAAACUUGGUGAAACUGUUGGGUCAUUGUGCAGAAGACGAUGAACGUGGAAUCCAAAGGCUUUUGGUUUAUGAAUACAUGCCAAAUCAAAGCGUUGAGUUUCAUUUAGACCCUCGUUCACCUACUGUGCUUACUUGGGACCUAAGAUUGAGAAUAGCACAGGACGCAGCUAGGGGUUUAACAUACCUCCAUGAAGAAAUGGAUUUUCAAAUAAUAUUUAGAGAUUUCAAGUCCUCCAACAUUCUAUUAGACGAGGAUUGGAAAGCAAAGCUUUCAGAUUUCGGUUUGGCUCGCUUAGGUCCUGAACCAGGAUCAACUCAUGUUUCUACUGGUGUAGUAGGAACAAUGGGCUACGCAGCACCAGAAUAUAUCCAAACAGGUCGUCUAACAUCUAAAAGUGACGUGUGGGGUUAUGGAGUUUUCAUCUAUGAGCUAAUUACAGGAAGGAGGCCUCUAGACAAGAACAGGCCUAAAGGAGAGCAAAAGCUUUUAGAAUGGGUGAGACCUUACUUAACGGACACAAAGAGAUUCAGGCUCAUUAUAGACCCGAGGCUCGAAGGCAAAUAUUCGAUUAAACACGUCCAGAAACUAGCGGUUGUAGCCAACCUUUGCCUUACUAGGAACUCAAAGGCACGUCCAAAGAUGAGUGAGGUGUUGGAGAUGGUGACAAAGAUUGUUGAAGAUUCUUCGUCUAGGAAUGGUGGUAAGAAGCAGCAGCUGGUUCCGUUGAGGAGUCUAGGACCGUCUACAGACGUGGAAGAGAAGAAUAAGAAGGUUCUUGAUGGUAGUAGCGAAGGAGGUUGGUUAGAUAAGUUAUGGAACCCAAAGAAUGUAAGAGCUUGUUGAUUGGGGUAAAGUUUAAUAUAACCGUUGUACAUUAUAGCAUUUGCUUAGUUUAUGUAAACAAAUUCAGUUUGUUUCCUGUUUUGUUAAUUGAAUAUUUGUAACUUUUUUUUUGAAUAUUUCGC